GCAACAACUUGUCAGUACUGUCUCGACCGUACACGAGCUGACUUCUCUUAUACCAUAUGUCAAGUUUUUAUUAAUUCUAUUUUUAUUCCAUUUUUUAUUUAAUCAAUUCAAAUCUAUUUUUUUUUGUAAUUAUUUUAUUUCUCAAUUACGAGUUAUUGAAAUUCUAUUCUAACUAGAUUAAACGAUUCUUAUUUUUUAUUCUUUAUAACUUUAUCAAUUUCUAUUUGGAUUUAUUAAAAAGCUUCGAAAAGUAUAUACAUGGAUAUUUGGAAAUGGUGACAGAGGAUUAUGCUAAAUCAUUCGUAAGAAUAAUAGCAAAAGAAAAACAAAUUUAAAUUACGCAAUGAAAACUAAAUACAAUAGAAUUUGCGUAAUGAAACGUAGAUCCAUUCAUCAAUGGGCCAUAGUGGUGAUAUUGACUCUCGCAUGUAUAAAUGACUCAUCGCUUGAGAUAGAGGCCAUAAAGUUAAAUAAAACAUUCCCAAAUGAAACUAAAGUCAAUAAAUUUCAACAAAUAGCGAAUGAUACAACUGAUGAGAUAUCUGAAAAUUUUAUGCUUGAUAAUAAUAACUUACAUGAAAUGGACAACAAUAAACCAUCAAAAUUGGAUCUAGAUGUGUCAGAAGUUGUUUAUAUGGAUUCAAAAAAUUCAACUGAUAUUGGAUCACGAAUUGACAGUUCGAUCGAAUGGAAGAGUUUUUGUUCAAACUCAGUGUCUAUCAAUUGUAUCCAAAGAAAUGUAUCUACAUUUAUUAAAGAUCUAUCAGAAACUGAACCAUUAAAUAUGAGUGAUACUGUACUAAUUGCAAAAAAUAACACUGAAACAACAAAAUCCACAGUUGAAAAUUUAUUCGAUGGAGUUCAUAAGUUUGCCAAAAACUAUAGAAUGAUGAUAGAUCUUGAUAAGUUUUCAUUGAAUUUACAAGAAUCAAGAACUUUUUUUGGAGGCUUUGGACUUGGUUUUCUAGCAUUUGGCCUGAAGAAGCUGUUCCUGCCUAUUAUGAUUGGUGUUCAAGUUGUUAAAACAAUGUUGUUUGCUUUGUUUCUACCAAGUAUCAUUGGAAGUAUUGGAAAAUUUGUUGGUAAAGCAGGUGUUUCAUCAUUUGCUCAAACAUCGCAAAGUGUAACAGCUCAACCAGAAGAAACAUUUGAAUUUAAAGAUAACUCAGAUUUAUAUGGUGAUGAUUAUAUGACAAAACAACCACUUGGAACUCUUCCAGCACCACCAAUGUAUGAUGAAACAAUGAUAGUUCAGCCAUCAGUUAAGCCAGAUUCACGAUUAGCUUAUGUUAAUUCAAGAUUUUCAAAUCCAAUUUUCAAUGAUCGUUAUUAUACACGUCAUCAAAUUGAAAAACAAGGAUCAUCGAAGAAACAAGAUUUUAAGGUGUUCCAUGAUAUACCAACAAGCUCAUUAUUGUUAACUAAUUAUGAUCCAUUUUAUUCACCACUACUUUCACGACUCGAUGCAGUAUUUUCACGAUUGGGUCAUACAACAGAGGGGUGUCGUGAAUAUGCCGUUUGUGCAAUGUACAGAAGUCCAGCAAGAUUUGCACCAUAUUCAAAUUUAGUAUCAGCUCAAUUAUCAAGAGAAUUAAAUGAGCUCAGACGUCCAAGUAGUGACAAUCCAGAUGUUCUACGUUUUUUUAGAUAUAUGAAGGCAGCAAAAGAUGGUCAAGAUGGUAUCCAUUGUGAAGAAGCAUUUUCUCAGUGUGAUGUACCAAGAGACGAUCCAAGUCUACAACAAAAUCAAGCAAUGCUAGCAACUUAUCAAGAUAUUGAUAAACUUGUGCAUGCUAGGAAAAUAUAAAUUUUUAUUAAUCAAUUUGUUUUUUUGUGAUUUUUUAUUGAAACAUUGUUUUUCGUAAAUUAUAAGAAAUAAUGAUCCGAAAGAAGAGUGAAAAGUGAAAAUAAUUGUUAAUAGACUCAUUAUAAUAAAAUAUUUAGUUUUUAGAAUUCCUCAAUGUUAUGUGUUGAACAAGAUAUUAAGAUAUAAGCAAAUGAUGUCUUUCAGCAAUUAUCUUAUUCAUUCACUCAUAAGUAAUUGUUAUUUUAUUUGAACGGAUAGUUUUUUUCUAUGAUCAAACGACUUGACAUAUGAUAUAAAUUAAAAUC